AUGCCCCCAAGUAUGCUUGACACAAUCGGCCUUGCCAACAGCGAUAACAGCAACACGAAUGCAGAAGACUCGACGAGGGCAAAUACGUCCUUCCUAAACACUCAACCAGCAUCCGAGCAUAACUGGAAAAUCACCUUAGAAGGCAAGGUCAUCGCUAUCACCGGUGCCAACAGGGGCAUCGGGCUAGCUCUUGCGGAGGUGUGUUUAGCCAACGAUGCAGCAGACAUCUUCAGCCUGGAUGUGUUUGAACCUGGCGAAGAUUUUCUUGCCCUACAAAAGGCACACCCGAAGCGACUGCACUAUGUCCAUUGCGAUGUCACUACAGAGGACAGCGUCAACUCCGCAAUCGACGCAGUCAUCACUGCACGCGGGGUGAUUCACGGCUUCAUUGCGAAUGCUGGCAUGACCAAACACCAACCCGCCUUGGACUUCACACGCACCCAGUUGGACCAACUAUUCAAUCUCAAUGUGUUUGGCGCGUAUUUCUGCGCCACGGCCGUUGCCCGUCGAUUCAUAGAUCUGGGAAUCAAGGGCUCCAUCGUCUUCACGGCUUCUAUGACAUCCUAUCGUCCCAAUCGUGCCGCACCGUCUGCCCCAUAUGGGGCGACGAAGGGCGCGGUACGCAACAUGACGCAUACAAUGGCCAUGGAAUGGGCGAAGCAUGGCAUACGUGUGAACUCCAUCUCACCGGGAUUCAUCAAGACUGCCAUGACCUACUUCGUGGAUCAAGCACCUGACUGGGAUCUCAAGAUGCAAUACUACGGAGGCAUGCCUAGACUGGCUGAUCCCAAGGAACUUGGUGGAGCCUACGUCUAUCUCCUUUCCGAUGGCGCCUCUUACACAACCGGCAUAGACAUCCCGGUCGCCGGUAUUGUUGGGGCGUGGUAG